GUCGUCUUUGCUUUAUCGUAUUCCAACCUAUUUAUCUCUAUAAAAUAUGGCAUAGAUUAAGAGGAAAUUCGGUAUUCGCAGGCGAAAUCCCACUCCCUCUUUCUCACGAUUCUUCCACCUUCAAUGGCCGCCGUCAAUUUUUCUUGCUCACCAUCUUCCCUUUCUCGCUCACGGCUGUUCAAUGUUCUCAAUCACGGGAGCUUACAACGUGCGAUUGGUAUCGAAUCCUUAAAGCAGAACAACAACGUACAUUUUAGUGUCAAGAAAUUGGACAAAGAUGGAGUUCGUCUUCAUCCUGGUUCACGUAAUAUUAAUGCUCUCGCCAAUGGCGGAGUUGAGGCACAGUCUGAUUCUAACAUUUAUUUGGAAUCACUUGCAAUUAAUACGGUUCCAAUUACCUCCGGAUUUGCCAAUGGAGUCGAUGAAUUCGAGCUCGAAAUGCCGUCGGAAGGCUUCUCGUCGAUCCCCGAGGCCAUCGAGGACAUCCGCAAUGGAAAGAUGGUCGUGGUUGUGGACGACGAGGAUAGAGAGAACGAAGGCGAUCUUAUAAUGGCUGCAUCGAAAGUCACACCCGAAGCCAUGGCAUUCAUUGUGAAGCACGGCACGGGAAUCGUUUGCGUGAGCAUGAAGGAGGAGGACUUGGACCGGCUCCGCCUUCCAUUGAUGGUUAACCAUAAGGACAACGAGGAGAAGCUUCGCACGGCAUUCACCGUUUCGGUGGACGCGAAGCAUGGAACAACGACGGGCGUGUCAGCUAGCGACAGGGCGACGACGAUCAAAACGCUUGUUUCUAAAGAUUCGAAGCCUGAAGAUUUCAAUCGCCCCGGCCACAUAUUCCCGUUGAAGUACAGAGAGGGCGGUGUUCUGAAAAGAGCCGGGCACACGGAGGCUGCCGUGGAUCUUUCGAUGCUGGCCGGAUUGGAGCCCGUCGGCGUUUUGUGCGAAGUUGUCGAUGAUGACGGUUCGAUGGCACGAUUGCCUAAACUUCGCGAGUUUGCUCGGAAAGAGAACUUGAAAGUCGUAUCCAUCGCGGAUUUGAUUAGAUAUCGGAGAAAGACGGAUCGACUGGUCGAAUACGCCUCGUCUGCACGUAUACCUACGGCUUGGGGUCCGUUCAUCGCGUAUUGUUACCGGUCGAUUUUGGAUGGGAUCGAGCAUAUAGCGAUGGUGAAGGGCAGCAUCGGUGACGGACAGGAUGUUCUUGUCCGAGUGCACUCGGAGUGUCUCACCGGAGACAUAUUCGGGUCGGCGAGAUGCGACUGCGGGAACCAGCUGGCGCUGGCAAUGCAGCAGAUCGAGGCUGCCGGUCGGGGCGUCGUUGUCUACCUCCGCGGCCACGAGGGCAGAGGGAUCGGUUUAGGACAUAAACUCCGCGCCUACAAUCUGCAAGACGCCGGGCGCGACACUGUGGAGGCAAACGAGGAUUUAGGCUUGCCUGUCGACUCUAGAGAGUACGGAAUCGGCGCCCAGAUGCUUAGAGAUCUCGGUGUUAGGACAAUGAAGCUGAUGACGAACAACCCCGCGAAGUAUAGCGGCCUCAAGGGCUACGGCUUGGCCAUUUCCGGCCGGGUUCCCCUUGUGACUCCGAUCACCGAGCACAACAAGCGAUAUCUCGAGACAAAACGUCUCAAAAUGGGACAUGUUUAUGGCCUCGAUAGCAAUGGGAGCCCAAAAAUCAUCGGCAAUGACAGCAAACAGAUUAUCUCUCACCUAAAUCUUAAGUCGAUAGAAAAAAUAGAUCAUUAAUUACAUAUUAUAUAGUUUCGAACAAACACACAUUCUUAUAUUUGUCGAACUCAAACGUUUGAUUCUUUUAUCCAUUCAUUGUCUCAACCAUUGUAUAUGAACGUAUGGAAAAACUCAACGACUAUGUUAAGAAACGCGCUUUAUACGCAAUAAUAAGAAACGCUUUUUAAAUAA